AUGUAUAAAUCAUUUUGUAUAAACAUCAUAAGGAUAGAAUUAGCUAAAACUAGGGAAGAACAUGUAGAGGUGGAUUUCAAUGCCUUCAAUACUUAUCUUAAUAAAGCUCCAAACAAAGAUUCUCUUAAAAACCCAAUAUAUACACAAUAA